AUGGAGGUUGACCCCAUAUCCGCCCAUUACGAUUCCGACUCAGAUGAACGUGAAGCGAGGAAAAGCAGGGAACAGGGGUGCCUACAGGGAGAUGAUGAACCAGAGAAAACGCCGGCGGCGGGGACCGUUUCUCAAGGAACGGCGAGCGAAGAGAUAGAUUUAAAUGAGACGGCCAAUAAAAAAGGCAUAAUGACGGAUGACGAAUUCCAGGCGAUUUUGGAUGGAGUAAACCAGAGGGAAGAUGAUACUGCCACGAUGGUUGAGGAUCUGAACCUCACAUCUAGGGUAGUAGAAGAAGAUGAAGAAGGCAGGGCAGGAGAGAAAGAGCCAGAGUCAAUGAACCCCCAGAUAGAGGCGGGGAAAAGUGAUGUGCAUGUGGAAGCAGAAGAAACAGAAGCAAGAGCGGAGAUACCAAAACCAGUAGCACCUCCGGUGACUAAACCGAAGGCAGUCAAGAGGAAGUUGGUGUUGAAGGGCGACCCUAGGGCAGAACAGCCAAAGCCGCAAAGGAAACCCGAAGAAGAGAAAGAGGAGGAUGACGGAGAGGAAGUCAGAUAUCAAGUAGAAAGGAAACGAAAGGGGAAGGACCCUAUGAAGAAGAAGUCCAGCAACAAGAAGCCACGCACAGUGAACAUAGGCAUCGUUAUCACAGAUCCAGCUCAGAGAACCCUACCGCACCGUCAAGAGAUAGACGACAGCGACUACGCUGCCAGUGAAGAUUCAGACUCCGACAGUGAUAUCUCCCUGGAGGACGAGGAGUACAGUGAGCAACAGCUUCCGCACGAUCAUCGGGAGCUAAUACGGAUGAAUCUGAUUGAGUGGACCGUGCGUCUGGGAAUGUGCAUUUUGGAUGAGGCCAUAGGGCCUGAGUGGAGAAGUAGGGAGAGGGGAAUUCCCGGCAGACAUAUGGAAUUUGAGCCCCAGGAGGCAUGA